GCGGCGGCGGCGGUGGGGGGCAGGCGCGGCGGGCGGCGCUCACACCGGCGGGGAGCCGCGGCCAUGUUCGGUGGGCUGGGGCGCUGCUUCGAGGAGGACCCCUUCUUCCGCGAUCCUUUUGCUGCACACCAUGAAUAUAUGCGGCAGAUGAUGAGAGGAUUUUCUGAUCCUUUUGGACGAGAUCCAUUUCUCAGUAUAACAGAUGGUGGGGAGAGAACAGUAGAUCGAAGAGCACGCCAGGACUCUCGGGUUGCACUAAGAGGAAAUCGCAGAGCAACAACCUGUUCCCUCAUGCCCUUUGCAGGCUUUGGUAGAGUGCAGGAUGCAGAUUUUGGGGAACCUUUUUUUGCAAUGGACAGGAUGAUGUCAAAUAUGAGAAACAGUAUGCUGGAAAUGCAAAGAAAAUUUGAUGACCUGUCCAUCCAUCCAGAUGCACACACAUUCAGCUCCUCCUCUGUGAUGACAUACUCCAAAAUAGGAGAUGAACCACCAAAAGUUUUCCAGGCUUCAGCUCAGACACGCACAGCUCCAGGAGGUGUUAAGGAGACAAGAAAAGCACUUAAGGAUUCUGAAAGUGGACUGGAAAAAAUGGCUAUUGGUCAUCAUAUUCAUGAUCGUGCCCAUGUCAUUAAAAAAUCAAAGAACAGCAAGACUGGUGAUGAAGAAUUGAACCAAGAAUUCAUCAACCUGGAUGAGGCUGAGGCCCAGACCUUUGAUGAAGAGUGGCAGAAAGAGAUUAUGAAGUUCAAGCCAUCUAGAACUAGAUGCAAUUUAGAAGCUCCAAAAUACAGAAGUAUUCAUCACAUACCCAGGGAAGAUGGAUUAAGAAGAGAGAAACCGCUUGCAGUUGCGGGUCCCAGGGAGCCCAGAGCGUCUUUGGAGAAUCUCAAUGUGAAAGGAACGCAUGUCCCCAUCAAAAGCAGCAAAAAAUAAAUUGCUUCCAUUCUCCAUUUGAAUGGAGUUUCUUCAGAGAAGACAAUGGUGCUGCAUUGCUUAUGUUCAUAUAAGUAUACACGUAUAUAUGACCAAUCUCUGUUUUUUGUUUUAGUAAGUAUUAGUGUGCCUUGCUACUCCCAUCUUUUGACAACUGAAUGUUCUUUAAAACUUUAGAUCCUUGGUUAAACCAUCUAGUUUCAGUAAAUUAAAACCAACAAAUUUCUGCUUAAAAGCACUUUAAUGGAUUGUCACUAAUUCUGUUUUUUUAAAAAAAAAGCUUUGAUUUGCAAGAUUUUGCUGCUCCAACUGCACCAGUCUCAGACUUUAUAUUAGUCCCAGUAAUGACACUACUUUUCCCCCCACUCUAUAACUUGCACAGAAAGGAAAUUCUCUUUUUAUUUUGUGUGGCUGAAAUAAUAAUCAAUUUUCUAGGUGAUAUAGCAAUUUGAAUACACUAUAGCCACUAUAUAUAUAUAUAUAUCUUUAAAAUCAUAUUGUAAAUUGUUAUAGAAUCCCCAGAUUCACCUUGAUUUAACAUAAAGAACACUGAAAUAUAACACGAGGAAUACUGAAAUGAAAUGGCAAAUACUUAAAGUAAAUUUUAGUUUAUCAGCGUUCUUAUGUUCCUAAGUUGUGCUUGCAUCUAUUAUUUUCUGUGCCUAGGCUGUCAGUUUGGUAUUUCUUGUCCUUGCUAUGUUUCCUUUGGAGGUGGCCCAUUAUUUUAAUUCUUGAGGAUCCUCUGUAGUAGCUUUUAAUUAUUCUGUAAUAAUACCACUGUGUCCUAAAACUCUGCUGUAACUAUUAGUUAUUAAUCAGAAAAAUAUGUGGGAGAAACUGGUUGAGUAGGCAGUAGUUUAACUGGAUAAUGAAUGAUUACAUCAUUUUUUAUGUUCUAAAAAGCUACCAGAGCCCUGCAUACAGGGAACCAUCUCCCCCCGCAGCUGAGGUGAGAUGUGUUUGUAUUCUUUUGUGUCCUGUUUUAGUGGAUGUGGAAUGAUCCUAAGUCUAACACAUGAUCUCCCUUGACGUUGUUGUUGUUGUUGUUUGGUUAGUCUGAUGCUCUAGAGGAAAGCCAGCUGUGUGACUGAGAACAGCAGAGGUCUUUGUAUUAGCAGUGUUAAGUUCUUGUGCUCUUAUGCAGAACUGAUCCCCGUGUUAUAGCGUAAAUAACUUCGGUAGACUUUAACAUUACAGCGUUAGCACUACAGCUUAUAUUUCAAGGCUAAAGCAUUAAUAGUGUAGCCUCAAAAAAAGGCACUAUUUAUAUGAUUUAAAAAAACCAGGUUUAGUAAGUCAAGAUUAAUAUUUGGCCAAAAAAGAAGUGGCCUUUAAAUCCUUCCUUUCUGCAGAUUCCCCAGCUUAUUUAAUUCUGUGUUUAUUUAAUGUACAAAAAUAAUCAAAAGUACUUUUGUUGGACUCUGACAAGGGAAGGACUGCUGUUUACUUGCUUGUAUAAUGCAAUGGUCUCUUCCUAUUAGAGCAAACGCUAGUGGCAAUAAGUUUAUGCUACUGAACCAUUCCACGAGCAGUCAAGGUAAGUGGGUGGUAAGGGGGCGGCAACCUCUGACAGAAGGGCAGGCUUAAAUGGUGUGAUAUCACAGUCAUGCUUGCCAGAGACGUCUGCCAGAACCCUGAAGCUAAAGGAGGCUUUUACUCUCCUUAAAAAGUACAACUCCAGGGCCUGAUCUUCAUACACUGAAAAGAACAUCAAUUUUGCAAUUAACGUCAUUGAGAAUAUAAGGCUGUGGAGGCAUUUUCCAGUUAUGUCACUUAAAUUUCCCCCUCAUAAACAGCAGAAAAGUUUUUCACAUCGUGACUUCAGAAGAAAUCUUUGAGAUGCUGCUGUUUGACAGAAAAUAUUAUUCAUCUGGCAACUUAAAUUUUUGUCUAUGCUUUACUGAGAUAAAACCAUGAUAUGUAUAUGUAAUCAACAAAACAAAUACAUACUUUGGUUUUAAAAUUAUAGUGGAAAGAGGCUAAUAUUCAUUACAGACUACUUUGUUAUGCAAAACAAUGUUCUAAAAGGUAAUGCAAUACAAAUUGUUCUAUGUAGAAACAUCUGAAACUGUAAUUCUUUAAUAAAGGCAUUUCUUAUUUACCGUUA